GAGCAGAAAUCAUUGAAACGUUUAACAGGACAGAAGAGGAAGAAGUUAUACAUGCUGGACACUGUCACUGUUGACCUUGUGUUGGGUUUUUUUUGUAGUUUUUUUUACCUCUUCUUGGAAGAUGUCUGAGAGCUAGCCAGCUGAGUAGAGGACUUCCCUCUCUUGCCCGUGCUCUCCACCUGCAGCCAUGAAUGGUGGAGCCAGUAUGUGGGCUAUCACUCCAGAGGAGAGGGGGAAACACGACAAACAGUUUGACACCCUCGCCCCCAUCCUUGGCUAUGUCUCAGGAGAACAAGCCAGGAAAUUCUUCCUCCAGUCUGGCCUGCCUGCUUCUGUGCUGGCUGAGAUCUGGAACCUGGCUGAUAUGGACAGCGAUGGGAAGAUGGACAGACUGGAGUUCUCUAUCGCUAUGAAGCUCAUAAAACUCAAACUUCAGGGGCGGAACUUACCCUCCGUUCUGCCAAUCAUCAUGAAGCAGCCUCCCAUCUCUAAUUCUGCUUCAACCAUCCCUUCAUCAGCACGUUUUGGAAUGGGUUCUAUGCCAAACCUGUCAGUUGGUCUGUCAUCCAUGUCAACUAUGUCAGCCAUGCCCAUCCUAACACCUAUCCCGGCUAACCCCCUCAUGCCCUCUAUGCAACCCCUGGUGCCAUCAAUGACUCUGCCCCUCAUCACCACCCUUGGAAACUCUGGACUCCCCAACGGCAAUAUCAACCUCCUCACACCGCCUCUUAUUCCCAACAGUGCAGCACUCCCACUCUCUGGUUUCUCUCCUCCCAUGGGGUUUUCUCCAUCCACCGGCAUGUCAAAGGCCAACUCUCUUCUGGACCUUGGAUCCAGCAGCUCAAAUUCUUCCUCCACCACGUCCUUGGCCAGUAACUCUCCGAAGACGGGUUUGAGUGAUUGGGCCGUUCCACAAGCUUCUAGACUCAAGUACCGGCAGCAGUUCAACACGCUAGACAAACUCAUGAGUGGCUACUUGUCAGGACCUCAGGUUAGAAACGCACUGAUUGCAUCCAACCUGACACAGACUCAGCUAGCUACCAUCUGGACCCUGGCAGAUGUGGAUAAGGAUGGUCAGCUGCGAGCUGACGAGUUUAUUCUGGCCAUGCACCUGGUGGACAUGGCUAAAACUGGUAGACCUCUACCGCUCACACUGCCUCAAGACCUGGUACCUCCCUCUCUAAGAGGAGGAAUCAAGUCCAGUGAGCUCGUUAAUGGAACAGGACCUUACAUUACUCCCUGUUUAAUAGAACCAGCAGAGAUAGAACCUGCACAAAAGACCAAGAGCAGUGUAUCCUUUGAGGACAAGCUGAAGGAGAACUUUGUGCGAGGCAGCGCCGAGCUGGAGAAACGGCGACUGGCUCUGGAGGAAGAGCAAAGGAAGGAGAGGGAGAGGAGAGACAGGGAGGAGAGAGAGGAAAGGGAAAGAAGGGAGAGGGAGGCCAGGGAGCAGGAGAACCGGAGGAGGCUGGAGGAGGAGAGGCGGCUGGAGAGGCAGAGAGAGAUGGAGAGACAGAGGGAGGAGGAGAGGCUGAGGGAGCUGGAGAGGAAGGAGGCAGCAAAGCAGGAGUUGGAACGCCAGCGGAGGGAAGAGUGGGAGCGUGGGAAGAAGGAGGAGCUGGGCAGGAGGAGAGAGGGGGAGCAGGAUGAAAUCUCCCGACUCAGGGCCAAAAAGAUGAGUCUAGAGUUGGAGCUGGCGGCUGUGGGCAACAAGCACAAGCAGAUCUCAGACCGCCUGCGUGACGCCCAGAGCAAGAGGCGGAUUCAGAAAGCAGAGGUGGACUUGGUUAAUCAGAAGAGGGAGGCACGUAUCGCAGAGAUCAACACUCUGCAGAUUCAGUUUGAGGAUUGGCAGAGGAAGCUCUCGCUGCUGGUCCCAGAACAACAGCAGCUGACAGAGAAGCUGCGAAACAUUAGUCUCAACAAACUCUCAUCGGUGACUUUGACCUCUCUGACUGGAAGUGUGACAGAGAAGGGUGUUAACUGCCGGAGACUGAAAGACCAGCUUGAUGCUCUGGAGAGGGAAACCACUGACAAACUGGCCCAGAUGGAGCAGUACAACAAAGAGCUUAAGGAGCUGAGGGAGAAGCAGGUGAGGCAGCAAGCUGUCCUGGACGACCUGUAUAGAGUCAAAGAGGAGAAACUGAAGGAGCUGCAGAUACGCAGGGAGGAGGAGAGAGAAAGGAGGAGGAGGGAGGAAGAGGAGGCAGCCAGACUGGCAAAGCUAGAGCAAGAGAGGAGAGAGCAGGAGCGGAGGGAACAGGAAAAGAGGGAGAAGGAAGAGGAGGAGGCGCGGCAGAGGAGGCUGCUGGAGGAGCAGAGGGCCAGACAGAGGGAGGAGGAGGAGAGGGAGGCACAGGCUCGCCUCCGGGCGGCCCAGGAGAAAGCGCAGGAAGAGGAGAGGAAACGGAAAGAGGAGGAGGAGAGGAGGAGGAAGGAAAAGCUGGAGAGAGGAGGACAGCAGCCGGUGACGGUGCCUCAGCAAUCCUCCAACCUGACCUCUUACAGAGCCCUGUACUCGUUUGUAGCCCGCAACACGGAUGAACUGAGUAUAGAUGCUGACUGUCUCAUAGAGGUGGAUGAGAAGACAGUCGGUGAGCCUGGCUGGUUGUGCGGGAGUUACCGUGGAAACAGGGGCUGGUUCCCCGAGAGUUACGCAGAGAAAUGUCCUACCCCCACCUCUACCGAGACCGUCCCCUCUUCCCCAGGACAACCCUCCUGUCCGCCACAGCCACUUAACACAGGAGUCCCAGAUGGGGAGGUAACGGGUGACAGCACUGUUCCUGUCCAAUCAGACACUGCACAGCUCUCGAUCCCUCUGCUGGCUCGCGCCGUCUCCUCGUGGUCGGCCACCUCAGAAACUCACCUCAGCCUCGCCUCCAGCGCAGGCGACGUCAUCACUGCGCUGCUGAGCUUCUCACAGGGUGAUGUCAUCAGCGUGCUGCAGCAGAGGGAUGACUGGUGGUUGGGGCAGCUCAACGGGACACAGGGAUGGUUCCCCAAAAGCUAUGUCACCGUGGAGGCGGGUGGCAAUACAGAUGUGGAUGCAUUUGAGACAUCUGAUUUUGUUCAGCUAGAGGAGUAUGUGGCCUUGUAUACAUAUGAGAGCCCAGAGGUGGGAGACCUGACAUUUGUUGAGGGGGAUGUUGUCAUGGUGACGGAGAGAGAAGGGGAGUGGUGGCGAGGGUGCAUCGGGGACCAGACGGGGGUGUUUCCUUCCAACUAUGUCCGACCUGUUGAACCAGAGUCGUCAAGACCUGGUGGUCCACCCAAGAAGCCCGAGAUCGCCCAGGCUGUCACCACCUCCGUUGCCCCGACAGUGCAUCAGCUGCAUCUGUCUCCAGGGCAACUGAUUGUGGUCCUGGCCAAGAACUCCACCGGCUGGUGGCUCGGGGAACUGCAGGCUCGAGGCAAGAAGCGGCAGAGAGGCUGGUUUCAUUCCUCCCACGUCAAGCUCCUGGGCCCCUCCAGCAGCAAGUCCUCCCCCUCCCCUCUGCCAGUGUGCCAAGUUAUCGCCAUGUACGACUACACGGCUGCCAAUCGGGACGAGCUGAGCUUCUCCAAAGGUCAGCUGAUCAACAUCCUGGACAAGACCAACCCUGAUUGGUGGAAAGGGGAGACUAACGGGACCACAGGCCUGCUGCCUACCAAUUAUGUCAAGAUGACCACAGAAUCAGACCCCAGCCAGCAAUGUACAGUAGAUUCCUUAUCCAUGUCAGGGCAUGAAGAGACUGACGGGUGUGCUGACCUGAUGACACUGGACACCAUGACCCCUCAGGAGAGGAAGAGACAGGGUUACAUCCAUGAGCUCAUCCAGACGGAGGAGACCUAUGUGGAGGACCUGGAGUUGGUGCUAGAGGUCUUCCACAAGCCCAUGUCUGAGUCAGGCCGCCUAACAGAAACUGAGAUGAGCAUGAUCUUUGUGAACUGGAGGGAGCUGAUUAUGUGUAACACCAAACUGCUCAAGGCUCUGCGUGUCCGUAAAAAGACAGGGGGAGAGAACAUGCCCGUCCAGCUGAUAGGGGACCUGUUGGCCUCAGAACUCGCACACAUGCAGCCCUACAUCCGCUUCUGCUCCUGCCAGCUCAACGCCGCCGCCCUGCUGCAGAGCAAAACCCACAACCAGCCCGACUUUAAGGACUUCCUCAAGAAGAUAGCCACUAACUACCGCUGUAAAGGAAUGCCGCUAUCCAGCUUCCUCCUCAAGCCAAUGCAGAGAAUCACACGCUACCCCCUGCUCAUAAAAAAUAUCCUGGAGCACACACCAGACAGCCAUGCAGACCACGGCCCACUUAGAGAAGCCCUAGAGCGAGCCGAGGAGCUGUGCUCUCAGGUCAACGAAGGGGUCAGAGAGAAGGAGAACUCAGAUCGGCUUGAGUGGAUACAGAGUCACGUCCAGUGUGAGGGACCUAUAGAGCACUUGGUCUUCAACUCGCUGACUAAUUGCCUCGGGCCUCGCAAGCUGCUCCACAGCGGUCGGCUGUACAAAACCAAAAGCAGCAGGGAGCUGUGGGCUUUCCUCUUCAAUGAUUUCCUUCUCCUCACACACAGCGCCAAAUCUUUCUCCUCCUCAGGACCAGACAAGCUAUUCAGCCCCAAGACCAACAUCCAGUUGAAGAUGUACAAAACACCGCUGUUUCUGAAUGAGGUUUUGGUGAAGAUGCCACCCGACCCAUCCAGUGAUGAGCCACUCUUCCAUGUCUCACACAUCGAUCGUGUCUACACACUCAGAACUGAGACCUUGAAUGAGAGGACGGCGUGGGUCCAGAAAAUCAAAGCAGCGUCUGAACAUUUCAUAGAGACUGAGAAGAAGAAGAGAGAGAAGGCUUACCAAGCACGUUCUCUGAAGUCUAGUGGUAUCGGCAGACUGUUGGUUACAGUCACUGAAGCCCAGGAGCUCAAAGCCUGUAAACCCAAUGGUAAGAGUAAUCCGUACUGUGAGCUGACGAUGGGGGCUCAGUGUUACACUUCCCGACCGAUCAGCGACACUCUGAACCCCAAGUGGAACUUCAACUGCCAGUUCUUUAUCAAAGACCUCUACCAGGACGUCCUGUGUAUCACUGUGUUCGAGAAAGACCAGUUCUCACCAGAUGAUUUCCUUGGUCGCACUGAAGUCCCCGUGGCAACUAUAAAGAAGGAGAUGGAGAGCAAAGGUGCUGCAAACCGUCGUCUACUGCUGCAUGAAGUCCCUACCGGAGAAGUUUGGGUGAAACUAGACCUUCAGCUUUAUGAGCCAACCAAAUGAGGAAAACACACAGCCAAGCUCUCCCUCGGGCACACACAGUCACUUUAUAGUAAUGAAGAGAAGACAUUUUUGUAUUUGCUUAAAUACAAGCAAACACAAGCACACACAUCCAAAAGUGCCUAUUUAUACCAGUGCAAGUGAUGCCGUGAAAAACUGUUGAUUUUACCCUCACUGCCUUGUUCUUCCAUGAGCCAUUCAGACUCAUUGAAGCGACCUCAAACACAAAGGGAAGGAGAUCCUGCCAAAAAUGUAGAAUGACAAAAAGCAAUGUCCUCAAAAGUAGUAAUUUAAUGUUGAAAACGGUGUUCUCGCUCCCAACACACCAGCUAAAAUAUGAAUUGCCAAUAUGCUCAUGUUCACCACUUGGAAAUGCAAUCAGACAAAAUGCCUUGAAAUAUAGUCAAUUAGUUUUCCUAAAUGAUUAAAAUACGUAAUAUUUUUAAUAUCUUAUGUACAAAUUUGUCAGUGGAGGAAUACAGCCUGUGAUCUUGUUACACACUGACAUACAGACAUUGUUUGGACUGACAAACAUGACUAUAGAUUUCAGCUGCUGCACACUACUGUACAAGAGUCGACCCUACGGUGUAACCAUGGGGCUUCAUGUUGUUAAAUCUUGGAAAUGGCUGGAAUAAAAUGUACAUACGGUAAA